AAGGUGAAACGGCUUUCUCACUCGCGUUGCCUUUGCUCACAGAUUGAUCGCGUGACUCUUUACAACCCGCGUUCGAACGUUUGAACCGCGUCCGAUACAGGUAUCUCGUUUUGUGAACCACGUACCGCUUUGCUAGACGCGCUCGAUGAUCGCUAGGAACGGCUUCCAAGCGCCGCUGGACGAUCCUUCGGACCCGCCGACGAUGACCGUCGACCUGACCGCCGACCUGACCGCCGCUAAACCGAUCGCAACAGCGAGCAGGCCGCGGAAGACCCGCCGGGGCAAGAAACGGCGGCAGGAUCGGCCGUCGGACGACUCGGACGCGGCCCCGGCGGCGUCCCAGUUACCCAAGAAGCGACGCAGCCAGGUGGUGAUCCGGCCCAGGCAGGUACCCAAGGCUCCGGCAAACUUCACCCAGUUCAUCAUCGACGACCACGAGAACUGCGCCCUGUACCAGAGCUUUGAAGGCUCGUCGCAUCUGCAAAGGAUGCGACGCGACUCGUGUGAUGACGAUGAAGACGGCGGCGCGCCGGCGGGCGUCAGUGACUUCGACGAAGAACCCGAGUCGUCGUUUCCGGCGGGCGAGCACUACGAGUCGCUGGACUACGGGAACAUGGUCGAGUUCUACGAGAAGGACUUCGAGGCGGUGUACAGCAACGCGCGCGUCGACGAGCUCUUGCGGCUGCCGCGCUCCGAGAUGGUAGACAUGUACUCGGCGCUCGAGCGGCGCGCCGAGGAGCUGUGCGAGCAGUUGCAUUCCUUGGACCCGCUUAACUGCCUGGACGAACUUCAGCGGCAGCUGCUCCGACUCCAAGAAGAGAACCGGGCUUUGCUCCGACUCAACGCCACCCUUGUGCGCGCGCACGACCCCGCGUCGUCGUCGGGCCUUGAGGAAGAGGUCGACCAAGAGCCCUAGGAACACGCGCGGCCGCGGCCUCCUUCUAGUCUUGUACAUAAUAUAUAUACGCUCAUAUAUAUAUAUAUACAUAUCGGAUCAAACAUUCGCUGUCAAAGGGGCGGCGCCUCUUAUUAAAGGGGCUCUCGAGCAACACGGCGCUCAAGGGCCCGUUCCCGCUA